GUUGCGAGGUCGCGAUAUUCGCUUGCAUUCGUUCCGCGAACACACCGCUUGCGCCUUGCAGUUACAGUAUAAAACAUUUAUAAAGAUGACUUGGUUCACGUACGUUGCGGUGGCUAUUGCUGUACUGGCCUACGCCGAUGGCUACUCCGUGGGCGCUCCGGAGAGUGCCUGUAAAGACAUGAUCCCCAGACAUCCCGUGCCCCCACAAAAGACGGCGCCCCCAUACAAAAUUACCACUAGCACUAAAGCGGUGAGGGCCGGCACUCCGAUAGAGGUCACGAUAGCUGGUAACAACGCGAAAGACACGAUGAGGGGCAUCCUGCUGCAGGCGCGUAAGGGAGACGACAUCGUGGGCACCUUCACCCUCGACCCUAAUGACUCCUUCGCGCAGCUUCUCAACUGUGGAGCCCCAGGAAACGCCAUCACCCACAAGAAGCACGACGGUAAUUUGGACAAACAGACAGCCACCUUCACGUGGACUCCAUCCGAAGACUUGGACGGAGAAAUUAAGUUCAGGGCCACGAUAGCGUACAAUGGGGCUGUGUUCUGGGUGGGCGUGGAGUCCGCUCCUGUCACCAUCACACACUAAUGUUAACUAACUACUUAGAUGUUAACUUACGUAUAAUUCGUAUUUAAAUGGUGAUAUCUCCUUGACUGUGAAAUUUAUUAUUUUUUCUUAAUUAAAUUGUAAAAACAUAAAA